AUGAAUAGAGCAAAACGUGAGGCUAUGUCUGGCUCUAUUCUUCAGUUUGUUUCGCCAAACAUUUCUUCCUCUAACGUGUGUUCAGAAUCGCUAGAGGGAGCUAGUUCUUCUACGACCGUCUCAUCCCCCGUAGAAAAAAAAUCCUACAAGAGCCAUUAUGAUACAAAUUUUCUCAGCAACACUAGUGAAACUGAGAAUAAAAACAAAGAUACUACAGCCCCCGACGACAUUUCUGAUACUCUCGAUCCAGAGGAAACUUCAGAAUGUUUAAAUAUUUUUAAGGACAUCGGUAACUGGCCUCUGCCUCUUCCUAAAAAUUUUAGACACGAAAUGAUAAAAAAAGGAAGAGGAUAUUUUCAAAAUAAAGGGACCCUUUGCUACUGUUGUAAUGUGAGGAGACAACCUCAAAGGUUCAAAACGAAAUUUGUCGACAACUUGGUUUUACAAGAAAUUUUUUAA